UUGACUUUUUUCAAUUGUUUUUUACCCCCUCAUCAUUUUUAGGUCAGAGUCCUAUCGACUUCUUCUUUGACUUUGUGGUGGUGUCACAGGGCCCUUUUGGAGGAUUUGAUACCCUGGAAACACGUCCCAGUGCUGGUGGCAAUGGCAGCCUGUUGAUGUCUUUAACGGGAAGUGACACUGCCACGGUGACAGAAGUCACUCUGGUUGGAUCGUCUGGGUCAGAGGUGAUUAAAGGAGUCUUGGUGCCGCAGAAUAAUUCAAGAGUCUUAGUUCAGGUUGGCAAGUUUCCAUCAGGGGACUUUGUGGUGCAGGUGAAGGGACAAGCUGAUAGUUUCACCUCCAAGGCUUUAAUACUCUUCCAGAGACAGUCACCAACCAACUUCAGAUCAUCAAAUCUGACGAUGAAUGCUAAUCCAGAGACCAUCAUAGUACCCGGAACGCCAUUUUCUGUGCCCUUCACUCUGACGACGAGUGGAACAAGUGGAAACUUCACAAUUCGAUCCACCAACAGCAGAGGGUUCGACUCUACAUUUCCAACCAGUAUGUUCCUGGAGCCUGGAAUCACUGGUAAUGGCACAGUGACCCUCUCAGCACCUCUAAAUACCCCAUCUGGAACUGACGUCACCCUGGCCAUUGAGGCCGAGGCUCCUGGGGGCACAGACAGUAACUACAUUGUGUUGCGCUUCUCCGUUCUUAACACGGUGACCGAUUUCAAGGCACCAGUGUGUGAGCAGCUCAGCCUUCAGACCAACUGCUCUGUUAACUGCAGCAUGAGGAUGUGGGAGGUCUCUGCCCGGGUGACUGAUGGAGCUGACGGGACGGGCGUUGAUCUUGUCACACUCAAGCAGGGAAAUGGGACCAUAAACACCACCCUGGAUUCAGGCAAUGAGAACAUAACACUGGUGUACUACAGUGCAUCCUGCUGUUCACCUGACAUGGAGAUAGAGGUUGUGGAUCGUGUGGGUAAUGUGGCCACCUGCUCCUACAGCGGUAGGCAAGGUUCAACAUCUGCUGUCUCUGAAGCCACAAAGCUCACUUGGUCGCCCUUAUUUUGUCUCAGCAUUGUGAUUGUGGGACUCCACAUUCUGACAAAAAUGGGCAUCCAAUGACUCCAUGUCAGUGUGGUACAGCUAUAAUUUAUAUAUUUCAAUAUAUAUCUAUAAGUUAUAUCAGUUCUAUUUUGACAUUUAACUACUACUAGUAUACUGUGGUAUGGAGGGACUUACAGAAACUGUUGCCUUGUAAUAUAUUACAGAACUUUGCACAACUAUUAUGCCAUCCCUAAGUUCUUUCAGAUUUGCUUACUUUCUUCUAUUUCACUUGUAUCAAGUAGUCCUGAUCAAUAGUUCUCCAGAUGUUCUGAAGUUUUUCUUUGGACAUUGGGUGCCUUUUCACUCUUUUUCAGUCCAGUCCAUGUACCUGAUCAUUUUCAGAGUAAUGUUCUUUCUGGUCAGUUUACACUGACCUAUGAGUCAAUGAAACAUAAGAAAGGCACCUAACUCAAAGCAGACAUCCUAUCAAAGAAUUUAAAACCCUUUAUUACAACACAACCUUUUGCAAAAACACAGAAUUUGAUCUCAUCUUUUUAGCCAAAUCUACAAAAAAAAUGCCAGAGAUAUCACAGUUUGUCAAGUUGUGCACCAGCAAGUUGAGCUACGAGAAUUAACUGAAGAUGGAAAGAAUAACACAACACAAAAAGACAUCAAUCAUGGAUUUGCCUCCCCGAAGACCAGACCUGAACAUUAUUGAAGCAUUUUGGGAUCAUGUUCGCAGAAAACGGAACAAAAGGCAGCCAACAUCCAAAGAAGAGCAUUGAAUGUCUUUCCAGAAGUCUGCAGAACUGUUCUUGUUUACACAUAGUUCGUUUUCAUAGCAAAAUAUGAAAUGAGGCAGUGGCUCAAGACGUUUACAGUACUGUAUAUAUUUCCAUAAUUAAGCAUAAAAACAUUAUUUAUCCAUGUUAUGUCUUUUUUGGGGGGAUUUUGAUCAUACAUACAGCUUCAUAUCUUAAACCACUGAUUUCUCAGCUAAUAUGGGAACUGAUUUUUGAUUGAAACUUGCUCUCAUCAUCAUGCUCUAAUUUGUACUGCUCAGUUUCCACAUUUUCACAGUUUGUGAGCGUUUUUAAAAAAGGUAAAAACAGGUGUUUUGGAAGCUCUUUGGAUGGAAAUUUUAAAAAAUGUUAAUGGUGGAAAUGGGGCAACAAGAAAUGAACGAGUCAAGCAGUAAAAAAAACAAAACACUUUUUAUUGUUGUCAUAAUGUGUCUAAUGUAUAACCUUUACACAACAAAACGUUUCUCUUUUCACAUUUUGCUACAUUUUCUUCUCCGUUUUCCUUUUAUCACUAUUUACAUAU